GGAGAAUUGCUGCUGUGCUUUUUGUACCACCAGUCCAUUAGCAUCAUCUUGUUCUUUAAACCCUGUAUUUUCUUCCAUCGCUCCAUUCAAAAGCUUAAUGGACCGCUCCUGUGAGAUUGUCGAGGACAUGGAGGCCAACAAAGUGCGGAAGAUGAAGAGACGAAUCUGUCUGGUGCUUGACUGCCUCUGUGCCCACGACUUCAGUGACAAGACUGCCGACCUCAUCAACCUGCAGCAUUACGUCAUCAAAGAGAAGCGACUGAGCGAACGCGAGGCCAUCGUUAUUUUCUAUGAUGUGGUGAGAGUGGUGGAGGCAUUGCAUAAGGUGAGCUGCCAACUGCUUUUAAAGUCAAUGUAA